GUUGCAAAUCCUCCUUUGACACACUGAACUAGCACUGAACCUUCUGAACCUUCAAUUUUACUGUAAUCAGCUCUAAACUUCGUCAUGCCCGUGCGCGCCAUUGAAUUCUAUAGUGGCAUAGGUGGCCUGCAUCUCGCACUUCGCCAAAGUUGUGUGGCAUGUUCCCCUGUGAAAGCGUUCGACUGGGAUCAAACUGCAUGUCAGGUAUAUGCAGCUAACUAUGGCGCCGAAAUAAUUACCAGGAUAGACAUAUCAACCCUUUCUGCAGCAGAUCUUUUACACCUGCAUGCUGAUGUUUGGCUCUUAUCCCCGCCAUGCCAACCUUAUACUAUUUUGAACCCUGCUGCUAGAGGAGAGGCCGACCCUAGAGCAAAGUCGUUUCUUCAUUUGAUCGAUCAUGUUUUACCGGACCUCACUGCCCAGGACUCUCAGCCUCGCUACAUACUCAUCGAGAAUGUAGCAAGCUUCCAGGACUCGAUAACAAGGAGACAUUUAGUUGAUGCCCUGCAACGGUUCGGCUACGUUGUUGCUGAAUUUCUUCUCACUCCUGUACAGUUUGGUAUCCCAAAUUCGCGACUACGAUACUACCUUCUUGCGAAAUUAUCCCCCCUCCGGUUCUCUGGCCUUCAUGACGACCAAGUUCACGAGACGAUACCAGGAACUGCAUUAGACAUUCAUGUACACCCGCUAAAGGAAUAUUUAGAACCUACACACGAGGAUGGAAUUCCUCUACUUCACAACAUCCACGAUCGAGUACUUUCAAAGUGGGGUCGUUUGUUCGACAUCGUACUGCCAUCUGAUAGGCGGACCUGUUGUUUCACGAGGGGUUAUACGCAACUUGUUGAGCGUGCAGGUUCCAUACUUCAGGUGAAUGAGGAUCUUGAUACCACCGAGGUCUUUGACAGGUUUCUUGAAGCUCAAUCGCGGGGAGUUGAAGAUGCCGUCCGUAUUCUAGAUCAGCUACACCUUCGGUAUUUUACUCCCAGCGAACUCCUGAAGAUCUUUAGAUUCGAGCAGCCAGAGUCCAACCAAGAAUUUUUGUGGCCGCCCACCAUAUCUCUAAAAUCACAGUACCGGCUCAUUGGCAAUAGCGUCAAUGUGGAAGUCGUGCAGCGCCUGAUUGAUUAUCUUUUUGAUGGUGAUGAAUUUACAACGUGAUUCUUAUCUCUUCCUCUUUUGUUCCACUUCCUUGAUAGCAGCAUUGGUUUCAUGGAAUUAUGUUGAUCCUACUCUUGAUAUCCAUCAGCUAGAGCCCAGAGCCACAAAAAUAUGUUUUGGUUCCGCACCUACAAUCAGGCUAGUCUAAGGUUCAGUUUCAAGAUCUAGUUCACUGGCCUAGUGUACUAUAUCAAGGUGUUUGGUUUGACUUAGUCUGUUUAAGAGAUGUGCCCAC